UUACAAAUAAAUUUGGUAUCCCUGCCAACCAAAACGACGUCAUUUUCUUCGUCUUCAAGGUCCUAACGCCGACGUUUUCCACUUUUCAUAAACUCAUCUCACCCGCACCUGAUCUGUCAUCUGUUGCAAUCUAAUAUAAUUAAUUACACAUUCAAUAUCUAUUUCCACAUUCGCUUCUCUGGAUCAAAGCAAUUUGCUUUCGUUUUUUUCGAUGUAUACAUCAGUGAAAUUUUUGUUAGUUCAUCUCGCAGAUGAACUACACGUUAUUUUUUCGAGGAAAAGAAUAACUGUUUAAUGAUUGAAAAACGAGGUGUUGAUUUGAAGCUGUUUCCUCUCAACAUCUCAAGAAACCAGAAAUUUUAUCCAGCUUUCUUGUUUUAACAUCUCCUUUGUGGGUUCCCUCCUUGAAAUGGGUUCCAAUAAGCGAGCCAAGUUCGACUCCCUUAUCUCACUCAGUAGACUCCGAUCGAUUCAAGUGAUGACGGUAUUGCUGUUUCUGUAUUUAAUUUUCAUCACUUUUGAAAUUCCGAUGGUUUUGAAAGCUGGGUUAGGGUUGGAAUCCAGUGACGUGAGCCCCAGCUUACCCCUCAUCUCACACCCUAUGUUCGGAGCAAAAAAUGACAAUCAGUUGUCCAGAAAGGAGAAAGAGAGACCCGUUUUUCGGGCCCAGGAGCGGAAAAUGGGGGAAUUCAAGAAGAUUUCGGGCCUCAUUUUCGACGAGGAUGCGUUUAACAGCAUAGGCAAAGAUGAAUUUUCCGAGCUGCACAAGAUAGUUAGGGAUGCAUUCGCAUUGGGCAAGAAAGUGUUAGAUGAUUUAAAGUCGGGUAAAAUGAUGCCAAGUGAGGUGGAAAAUCGGACUGCGAAGAAGGUGGACGAGCCCUGCCCUCAUUCGCUGGUGUUAACUGGUCAUGAAUUCGUGAAAAAGGGGAAAAUGAUGGUGAUUCCAUGUGGGCUUUCAUUGGGCUCUCACAUCACUGUGGUUGGGCGGCCCAGGUGGGCCCACAUGGACAGAUUGUCCAAGAUAGCCUUAGGGAAGGAAGGUGAUAAAAUGAUGGUUUCACAGUUUAUGAUGGAGUUGCAGGGCCUGCGGGCCGUGGAUGGGGAGGAUCCUCCCAGGAUACUGCAUUUUAAUCCGAGGUUGAAGGGGGAUUGGAGUGGAAAGCCCGUGAUUGAGCAGAAUACUUGUUAUAGAAUGCAGUGGGGGUCUGCCCAGCGGUGUGAGGGGUGGAAAUCAAGGGCUGACGAGGAAACUGUUGAUGGACAGGUGAAAUGUGAGAAAUGGAUACGUGAUGAUGAUGACGGGUCUGAGGAAUCGAAAGCUGUUUGGUGGUUGAAAAGGCUGAUUGGCAGGACAAAGAAAGUUAGUGUUGAUUGGCCCUUUCCUUUUGCAGAGAACAAGUUGUUUGUGCUUACACUUAUUGCUGGAUUGGAAGGCUAUCACAUCAAUGUAGAUGGGAGGCAUAUUUCAUCCUUUCCUUAUCGUCCUGGUUUUACCCUUGAGGAUGCCACGGGGCUGUUCAUCAAUGGGGACGUUGACAUUCACUCUAUAGUUGCUGCUUCUUUGCCUGCUUCUCAUCCAAGCACCGCUCCACAGAAGCAUCUAGAAUUUUCUCCAAAGUGGAAAGCUCCCAAUCUUCCAACUGAGCCAGUUGAGCUAUUUAUUGGCAUACUCUCUGCUGGAAAUCAUUUUGCUGAGCGCAUGGCUGUCAGAAAAUCGUGGAUGCAGUAUAGAACAGUACAGUGGGCAAAUGUUGUGGCUCGUUUUUUUGUGGCCAUGCAUGCCAGAAAGGAAGUGAAUAUGGAGGUGAUGAAAGAGGCGGAGUAUUUUGGCGAUAUUGUUAUAGUUCCUUAUAUGGAUAAUUACGAUCUUGUUGUUCUGAAGACUAUUGCUAUUUGCGAGUAUGGGCUAUUCAAAAUGGAAGAUGUGAGCAUGGGAAUGUGGGUGGAAAAGUUGAACAGGUCAAGGGCAGUGAAGUAUGUGCACAGUUUGAAGUUCUGCCAAUUUGGAUGUGUGGAGGGUUAUAUGACGGCACAUUACCAGUCUCCCAGACAGAUGACGUGUCUAUGGGCAAAAUUGGAACUUCAUGGUAAACCCCACUGCUGCAAUAUGAGA